GAGAUAUCGUGUAACCUAAUACUGGUAUAAUUCAAUCCUGAUCAUGUAAACCGUCACAGUGAUUGUCUCAUAUUAACUAUUACGGUUCAACAUCACGCAAAGAAGGAACGGAUUUUCUUCUCGACCGCAUGUUUAAGGACGAUUCAGAGAGAAGAACAUGAGUAAAGACUCGCAAAUGAGAGCUGCAAUAAACCAGAAGCUGAUUGAAAUGGGCGAACGGGAACGGUUGAAGGAGUUGCUCAGAACCAAACUAAUUGAAUGUGGUUGGAAGGAUCAGUUGAAAGCACAUUGUAAAGAUGUCAUCAAGGAAAAGGGUUUGGAGCAUGUGACCGUGGAAGACCUGGUUGCAGAAAUCACACCAAAAGGAAGAGCUCUUGUACCUGACAGUGUGAAGAAAGAACUUCUACAGAGAAUAAGAGCUUUUCUCGCUCAGCAUUCCACCCUAUGAAUGGAGGUGUUCUUCGUUUCUUUAUUUUCUGAUCCAAAUAGUAAUCAAGUACAUUUGUUUUUGCCUCAUUUCUCAAAUUAAAGUUGUGACAUUUUAUCAUGAUUUAGACCAUUUUUUUAAUAUUGUCUUUCUGAGAUAAAAUAGUAAGUAGUUGUGAAUUGUUUUAAUGCAUUUUUAACAAUAAAGAUUUGGUUACAAUUGUG